AUGUGGAUGAGAGUGAACCGGAUGCUGGGAAAUGUGUCUGUGAGGCAGUUUUCCAAUGUCAGGUUGGUUGCUCAGGAGUAUAGUAUGCGUGUGCAGCAAGCUCGCAAUAGAAUUGUACCCAAAUCACUGACUUUCUACUCUGCGAACCCGUUACAUGAGGAGAAGAUAUCGCGACUUGAGAGUCUUUUGAAGAAGUAUGCUUUACCUUCCAGUCAGAAACUGCCCGGAGCUGAUAUUUCUGCCGAGGAGAAUUUGAAGCAGAACCCUAGACCUUCGUGGAUUUCGUUUUCGGAUUAUGCGCUGAUUGGUGGUGGUACUAGACUGAAGCCGCGUCAUUACGAACAUUUUAUUCAACUGUUGAACAAGUUAAAUAAUAUUGACCCUCAACUUGUCAACACAGAGAUCAAGAAUGAACUUUCUAAAUAUAUUAAGAAGUCGAGUAUUCAAUCCCAGAAAACGCAACAAAAGGAGUUAGACGAGUUUGGUAGAAGUGUCGCCAUCGGUAAGAGGAAAGCAGCCACGGCCAAAGUCUACCUUGUUAGAGGAGAAGGUAAGAUUCUAGUCAACGGUAGACAACUCAAUGACUAUUUCCUCAAGAUGAAAGACAGAGAAUCCAUUGCUUAUCCUUUACAAGUGGUUGACUCAUUAGGGAAAUAUAAUGUGUUUGCAACAUGCCGAGGAGGUGGACCUACGGGACAAGCUGAAGCCAUAAUGCAUGCCAUUGCCAAGGCCCUCCUUGUAUUCAAUCCUUUGUUGAAGCCCAGACUGAGGAAAGCCGGAGUUAUUACCAGAGACUACAGACACGUUGAGAGAAAGAAACCAGGUAAGAAGAAGGCCAGAAAGAUGCCUACUUGGGUCAAGAGAUGA